ACUUAAUUAACCCCUUGUUUCCUAGACAAAAGUGUAUACAUUAUGCAUGAAGUUAAACAACAUUUUUUGGUUAGAUAUGUAUAGUGCGUACCUACCUACCAAGUGUGGAAUUUGAUGCAUUGUGAACUUAAACUUUGCAUAUGAAUCAAUUAAAUAUCUAAUAUUGGUGACUCCACUGAUGAGACCUCACUUGAGAGUUGGGAGUAGCCAACCCAAAUACCCAAUAGAGGGACAUUUCCACACAAAUCUAAAAUUAUCAGAUGUUGCCAUCAAUUUCAAUCUCCAUCACCACAAACAGUCCUUCCAGUCAGGAUUCUCAGGUCAAUAUAUAUUAUGCCACAGAUGCUGCUCCCCCAAAAUUCCAAAUCCAACCAAUAACCUUUCUUUCCUUAUAAUCCCAAAAUCCUGAUUUAUUGUUUUCUCACUAGCCAAUCAACCCCCAAGAAAAAUCAAAGUAUUUGUUUUGGAGAAGACCCAUCAAAUUCAAUGGAGAAGAACACAAGAAUUCAAGAAAUGAACAGAAACCCAUCUCCAACAACCUCUCCAAAGAUCAAUGGGAGUAGUGGGGUUGGUCAACAAGUGCAAAUCCACACACCACCAUUGACUCCAAUACCAAUCUCCAGAUCUCAUGAAACCAAUCCAUACCCAACCACUUUUGUUCAAGCAGACACAACAAAUUUCAAGCAAGUAGUCCAGCUCCUCACUGGCUCAUCUGAAACAGCCAAACAAGCCUCAAAACCACCCCAAGAUCCCUCACAGCCACCACCACAAACAACCAAGAAUUUCAUGCCACCAAAGAAGCAAAGUUUCAAGCUUUAUGAAAGAAGAAACAACAACAACAACAGUUUCAAGAGCACUAGUUUCAUGAUCAACACUUUGAGCUUUUUUUCUUCCAACAAUUCAAUGAAUAUUUCUUCUGGGUUUUCCCCAAGGAAGCCAGAGAUAUUGUCUCCAAGCAUACUUGACUUUCCUAAGCUUACACUAAGCCCUGUGACGCCAUUAACAGAGGACCCUUUCAGUAAGUCCUCGCCUUCAAUAGGGAAUUACUCUUCUUCAGAAGAAGAUAAGGCAAUUGCAGAGAAAGGGUUUUACUUGCAUCCAUCUCCGAUGUCAACGCCGAGAGACUGUGAACCCCAGCUUCUGCCAUUGUUUCCGGUGACCUCUCCACGAGUUUCAGAUGAAUAACAGAGAGAGAGAGAGAGAGAGAGGAUUGAGAUGGGUUUAGAGACAGAGAGAAACAGAGGAGGAUUGAUGGGUUUGUGGGGAAAUGGUUUUGAAGGAGACAAGAGAAUCAGAGAGAUCUUCGUUUCAAUUGUACAAGUUGAUCUGACCUUCCUUUAUAUAAUGGUAUUGCCAUUUCUUUCUUCACUUUCUUGGUUCCUCUUAUUUCUCUGGUUCUUUUUUUCUUCUUUUCAUAAAUUUAUUUUUGGUAAACUACAAGUAUUAAUAUGUUAAUAUCAAUAUUGGCAAAGAUCCCAUAUGUGAUUUUAAGGGAUCAUAAAAAAA